UAAUCGUGGUUUAAAAUUCGCGGCGACUAUGCGCAAAAGUUUUGGAAGAAAUCGACAAUUGGUGCGCGAAUUGUUGGUUUAUUACCGGCAGAUGGCGCCAUGCAGCAAUUUUAUAAGAGAAACUGGUUUUAUACGAAUCGGCCAGAACUUUUAAGUAUUUCUGAAAAUCUUUUGAAAUUUCGAACGUGUGAUAGAAUUCGUAAAUGAAAACUGCUAUUUGAGAAAAUUUUGAGUGAUUUUAUAAAAGAAAAUAUGUGUAUAUGACAGGUGUAUAACCAUGUUUUGCCCAUAACCUUGAAUGUGACCAAUCGAAGAGAGCGGCACAAGCAAGCGGCCAAUCGCGUUCGCCAUCUGAUCAGGGUCAACAAAACCUUGCGAGAGAAUCGAGUUUGUAUGGCGGCCAUAUUGAAAACAACAUUUUCUUGUGGAAGUGUGUGUUAUUUUUUUCGGCGAUUCAACUUGAUCGGAACUAGAAAACUAAAACUAAAACAAACUGUUUAACUUCCGUUGCGUUUUUGCUACGUGUUUCGACGGUGUUAGUUGUGCCGCGAGUGUUUUUCGUGGCAUCUUUUAGUGUUUUGAUGUAACGAGACCUUGAGCCGUGUUUAGCCACUUACAGGCAACUUUUGGAUUUUGUUCGACGACCAAAAUGCUUCCCAGAGAUACAGGCUCGGCCCGUGUGAGCUGCAGGACCCGGUUUGGGCUAAGAUGAGCGCCCUGGCCGGAGUCAACAAGAAACGGAAAAAAGCUGAGAAUAAACCGCAGUCCCAGAUAAACAAAUGCAACAAUGAGAAACGGCGCCGCGAACAGGAAAACAUCUACAUAGAAGAGCUGGCCGAGCUGAUAUCCGCCAAUUUUGCGGACAUGAGCUCGCUGUCCGUCAAGCCGGACAAGUGCGCCAUCUUACAAGAAACCGUUAACCAGAUCCGCAGGAUCAAACAGCAGGACAACGGGGAUCAGCAAAACACCGAUCCGGUGCAGCAAGGUGAAGUGUCCUCUUCACGACCCACGAUCCUGUCUAACGAAGUUUACGGGCCUCUUUUAUUGGAGGCACUGGAGGGAUUCCUUUUUGUAGUUAACAGCGAUGGAAAGGUCGAACACGUAACGGAAAACGUCUCAACGUACAUCAGGUACACAAAAGAAGAAAUCAUCGGCAAGACCAUUUACAAUUUUAUGCAUCCGGGCGAUCACACCAAAUUCCAUUCGAAUUUGCUUCCCAUGACCAUCGAAUGGGGCAGCGAUCAGCCGGUUCCUACUAGAUCCAAGUCGAUCGAUGUCCGGUUGUUGGUCAAGGAUGACUUAGAAGAUUCUCUGGAGGACAAACGACAGAGGGUGGCGUGUUACGAAUUGAUGCACAUUUCCAGUACCCAACUGCGGGAUCACUUGUCGAUAUCGGAGGAAGACGGUAGCGAUAGCGGCCCUUGUCUGUUGUGCGUGGCCAGCAGGAUCUCGCACCGGGACAAGGCGUCGUGUUCGUUCGAACAGUUCACCACCAAAUUGGACUCCAAUGGAAAGAUUAUUUGCGUGGACACGUCUGGUGUUUCGGACUCGAUCGCUUUAGCGUUACGUAAAGACUUUAAAAACCGCGUUCUGAGAGACCUGGUGCCGCCCCAGGACGAUCACAAAGUGACCGCGCAUUUGAAAGAGACUCUGAGUGCGGGUACGUCGAUAAGUCAGGUCUAUCGUAUUCAAGUGGCGCCCGAUAAGUUCGUGCAGGUGCAAACCAAGUCUAAACUGUUUAAAACGAACCCCCACGCGAGCGAGACGGAUUUUAUUAUGGCGACGCAUUCGAUUAUUAGCGACAAUGAAAACGUCGGUCCGGGUGAUCCCGGCGGAGGGAGUGGUAUCGGCGGCCCGCUCAUGACCAGCGUCGUUAACGGUACCGGAGGACCUUCUCCCCGCAACAGCUCGGCGACUACCGCCUCGUCAGCGGGAAGUGACAGCUCCUCCACGACAUCUUCCGCUGGGGGCGGUCUGUUGGGGUCCUCGGUACCCGUUUCGGCCACCUCCACCAUCAACUCCGCCAGCGUGUUCGCGCCGACUUAUUUGGACAACGAUUUCAGCAUCGAUUUCCCGACGACGACGUGGCCCGACCUCGAUGCGAACUGGCACGAAGCGACUCGACCGGAUUCGAGGCAAAGCGUCACCCCCGUCUCGACGCCGACACCAAGACCGCCAAGCAACCCUUCGUAUAGUAACGCUCCGACGGUAGUCCAGAGCCCGGUGGGGGGACAUUACGGCGCCCAGCAGAGUCCGAGUCAGCAGAUUUCAAAUCAGCAGCAACAGCAACAGCAGCAGUCUAGCAAUCAAACCAAUUCUAGUUACAGCCCGUUUAUGAUAGAAGAUUAUUCAGAACGUUAUUCUGUCGACGAACCCAAAGAUACCAAAGCCAACGUGCUCGAGGAGGCUGCCAGUCUAGCGGACUCGCAUAGGUUAAGAAUUUUGCUGACGAAUCCGUCGAGCGCCAGCAACAGCACCAGCAUGAACAACUCGCAGCAAGACAAGGAGUGUCACGAUAGAAUUCUGAAGUCGCUUCUGAACCAGCAAGACGAAGACCAUUCGGGCUCGCUCGACAACAGGGCGAGUCCCAGGGAUCUAUUGGGCAGGGCGGUGACUAUGGCGAUGCCGACCGAGCAACCGAGAGCUAGCAGUUCUUCCGUGGGCAACAAUAACAACAUGCUGAGACAGCUGUUAAAUGACAAAACCGACGAUGACCAGAAAGAAGCGAAAGCCGGUAUGAAAAGAAGCAGCGAGCUGCUGGAGCAUCUGCUCAAACAGAACCCCGAUGCCGACGACGACCGAACGAAAGCGUUGGUCGGGAGCGAUCAGCUGUUUAAGAAGUUGGGAUUCUUAAACGAUUCCUCGAACGAGCAGCGGGGAACCAAACGGUCCAUGGACGAUAAAGACGAAAGAGACGGGAAAAGAAGCAACGACGGUUCGCAGGUGUCAUCGUCGUCAAGUGAACUUUGCAAGAGGAAUAGAAUGUUGGCGUCUCUGUUGGCGAAACAGACGCCGACCCCUCCCUCUAUUCCGCCCGUCCCUCAGAGUGUCAUUUGCGCGAUUCCCCAAGAGAAAUUGCCGAGAGUAACCACCGAUCCGGCCAAAACCAUCGGAAGCACCAUGGCACAGGGGACGAUGAACAAUAAUAGAUCCGUCGGACGACCUGCCAGACAACCAUCAAACUACCUCACUAGUAACAGUGUUCAAAGGCAAAUGCCGUCUUCAACUUAUACUCCUCCAGUCUCAGCUUCUGAUAAUAACAGUGCCUGGGUAGACAACGCCAAUCUUUUAGCUUCUGCCACUUCAGUAACUGAUCCAGUGCUUUCUGAACUCUUGGAUGAAGUCAUCGAUAUAGUGCCGGAUUCCGAUUAUCAGAGCGGACUAAGUGAGGCUUGGGCCAUUUAUACCAUCCAAAAAUCUUUGAUGCAGUGUGAAAGUGCCGUUAAGAGUCCCACUUCACCGAACAUAUCUCUGCCGGCCAAACCACCUGCUUAUCCUCAGUCUGUAAAUGUGACCAGCCAGAAUAACUUGGGUUACCAACAGCCACCUAGCUAUCUCCAAGCGAAAUACCAACGGGCGAUGAACGCAAGAGCGGCUGCUGGCUCUCAAUAUACCGCAAACGCCAGCUUGGCUGGUCAACAACUGUUGUUGCAGCAACAAAGAAAACAGCUGCUCCAACAGCAGCAGCAGCAACAACAAGAACAGAAACAACGCCUGUUACAACAACAGAAAAAGCAACAGUUACUAAUUCCGUCCAACGCGACUGCAGCCGAAAUGAACUCUAUUCAGAAUAUCGAUACUCUGCUUAACAACACGGUAGCCCCGAAUGUGUCUUUGCAACGUUCUUCGAGCGUGCCAGAAUCCCAACUGUCCCCUAACUUCAAUUCUCAGUUGCAGAAUUCCAAUUCCCUCGCUCAACAAAACCAAAGAGGCGUGUCCCAGCAGCAACAACCUUAUUCGCCUCACGCUCAGAUGCCCUCGCCGUUGGGCCAGCAGAGUUUCCAGCAGCAAUCUAACGUCAACAACUACCAGCAGCAGAACGCCCGACUGUCUCCGCAAUCUCAGUUUACCGCUCAAUUGUCUCCAAGACAGGCUUAUCCUCAAAGCAAUGGCACCCCGAAUAACAACUGGGCGCAGCAGAGGAUCACCGUGCAACAAAAUCCGAUGCUGAACGCUCAGUUAACGGUGAGUGGAUUUUUUUUUUUUGCCAGGAUAACUUCAAAUCACGCUUUGCCGUCGUUUUUGCAGAGAGCUCCUCAACAGCAGCAGCAGGGAACGGUCAGCGCGAGACAUUCUCCAUUUGCGGCUGACCAGUUUCCUCCCCCUUCGUCACCGAACUCGGGUUUCUCGCAAACCCAAUAUUUGCAGAGGCUGCAGCGAGCGAACAGUGCCCCAAAUACGUCGACUCAGUUGCCAGGCGGUCUUGGCUCACCCCGGCCCUACACGGGCAGGGAACACCAUCCCCCACCACAUUAUCAGACCGCUGUUCCUCAACAUCCCCCUAACAACUCCCCUAUCAAUCCUUUACCCCCUCCACAUAACCACGGCGUUCCGAUGAUGUAUCAGCAAGAUUCCCCGUAUUGUUAUGAUCAACAGCAACAUCCCGGGCUGGCGUACAGUCCGUCGGAGCAGCAGCGGGGGGUAAGGGGCCCCCCGCCGCAGCCUCACAUGCAGCCCGGUGUUGCCGCGCCCAAUCCGACCUCCGAGUUUGUGAGGCAGGAACUCCGCGCGGUGGUGGGAGCUAGGACGGCUCAGUCACAACCAAAUUCGGUACAGAGAAACCCUCAGCAACAAUUGCAAAUGGGCCAACAAUCGGUUGAUCUCGAAGCACUGGGCAUCACCUUUGAGAUGCCUUCAGGUGCGAGUGAUAGCCCAAAACUUUGGGGUGCGAUGGGGUCAGAUAUGGGCUCAAUGUCUCCACAGCAGGCCACUUCCAGGACUACUAUGGAGGAAGGACGGCAAGGUGAUCCCGCCAAAACGUCGCUGUUACAACAGCUCCUGUCAGAACAGAGUAAACAGUAAACCAAAUCGAUGUUCGAAAAUGUUUCGAUGUUAAACGUGUGUUAUAGAAGGAAUCUGCCUGUGGUAGGAUAUUCUCGUUUUAUCCUUUUUAUAUUACGUUUUCUUUUUGCUAUCAAUUUGCCGAAAUUCUGUUUGAGGAAUAGAACAAAGCCAAAGACGUCACUUAUGUAUAUAUAUGUAUUACUAUUUUUGUACAUCUGUUAAAUAGGAACUGAUCUUUUUCUAUCAAAUGCAAAUCCUGAACACGCAGAAUCGUCUAAAAUACCUCUUGUUUAAUAUUUUAUGGAUGUCAUUAUGUUUGGGGGCAAUAUAAUUAAAACGAAAAGUGUUGAAACUUCAGAUCUCUCAGAAUAACUCGGAUCUUGAACAUAAUAGCUAAGUCGUAUAAAAUUUAACCUAAAAUGAAGCAAGUUUUUCGUUUACCAUGUCUGUCAAGGGCGAGAUUGUUUUAUUGGAAGAAAUAGAUUGUAAAUAGAACACGAAAGGUUAUUUACUACAAAGGUACCUCAUCGGUAAAUAAAGUACUGCAGGCUGUAAUUUAGACAGGUUAGCUGUAUUAAAAGUGCAUUAAUCAUAUAGCUUGUUGUAAUUAAUAUGUUUUUUUUUUCGGAUUAAGUUCGGUAGUGCGGAUUGCAGACAUCUGGGGGAUGUUCAUAAAGAGCUUAUUUACUUGAAAAUUGUGGCGUUGUUCAAGUUACAGAGUCCCAUGCGCGCUGUCUAACUCACUAAACAAUUUUUUAUACUCAAAAUUGAAGUAUUUUGAUCCUCGGCUUAGUGGAGCAUCCCUCCAAAAAGAGGCACAGGGCUGUGUGCAAUUGUACAUAGUAACAUGUUAAUAUUUAUAUAUAAUUAUUAUAUUUUAUUAUUGGACUUGUUUUAAAGUGAUUUUACGCCCUGUGAGGCGACCAGGUUGUGAUGCCUCGAAAGGACCCGGCAGUUGGAGCCCUCUCAAAAAAAUGUCCUUUUCAGGUACCCCCAACGCUGAUAUGAUAUGUAAUUAGUGUCGUCUUCCCCUUUUUUUACAAUCACUCUGCUGCGCAUUACCAAAAAAAUUCAUAAAAAAAUAGCAACUGUUAAUAUUUUAUACAUAAUUUAAAAUGUGUUAUUGGCGCGGAGGCCCGCUUGGAAUUUUGAUUUGGUAACGUCCGAGGAACGUUUUACACGAUUUUUACGGUUCCAAAUUUGUUGCGGGACACUAGGGUUCAGGAAAUUUUGUUAAAAUUUUGAGCCGGUCGCCGCAGCUGAACAAAGUCGUUUUUUGUUGGACAUUGUGAUAGGCAUGCGCCAUGUUACUGUUGCUAGGAUGGAUACCUAGGACUUAUUUUUUAGAGAAUAGCAUUCAUACUUGAUUAUUGUCAAUUACGGUUCCCCUCUUAUUCCCCAUUCUGCCCUCGACCCCCAUUAUCCAUUUCCUCACAGGUUUCCCAGCAUCACUAAAUUAAAGAAA